UGGCUGCUGGAUCUUCAGUCAGUUUUCACCAUGACAACGUUUGACUUCUCGGACAUGGAAGCUUUCCUGGACAACCACCCGGACUUCUUCGAGGAGUAUCUCCUCAGAAAAGCCAAAUGUGAGCAGGCCAGCAGUUGGUUGAAGGACCAUCAGGCGUCCAAAGUGUCCAUCUCCGAGGAGAAGCGAAGCGCCGUGAGGGACCCGUCCUGGCCCACCAUCCCGGAGGGACUCCGGCGCAGAUCGUCCCACGUGGAGCUGCGGCGGAAUUACGCUCGGUCCAAAGCCACGACAGCGCACAGGACCUACGACGAGCACGUCAGCCUCAGCGAGCACGAGUCCAAGUCCAGCGUGAGGCGCCGUGCGCUCCUGCGCAAAGCCAGCUCCUUGCCUCCGACCACCGCGCACAUCCUGAGCGCGCUGCUGGAGUCCAGAGUCAACGUGCCACAGUACGCGUCCAGCGCCAUCGACUACAAGUACCGACUGAAAGAAACCAACGAGAGGGAGUUCUUCUUGGAGCUGGUGAAGGACAUUUCCAACGAUCUGGACCUGACAAACCUGAGUUACAAAAUCCUCAUCAACGUGUGCAUCCUGGUCGAUGCUGACAGGUGCUCGCUGUUCCUGGUUGAAGGACCCGCGCACAAAAAGACGCUCGUGUCCAAGUUCUUCGACGUGCACUCGGGCACCACGGUGCGACCAUCCUCCAGCACCUUGGACUCCAGUGAGGUGCAGGUGCCGUGGGGAAAGGGGAUCAUUGGAUAUGUGGCGGAGCACGGGGAGACAGUCAAUAUCCAAAACGCCUACGAGGAUCAUCGCUUCAGUGAUGAAAUUGACAAGUUAACAGGAUAUAAGACUCAGUCCAUCCUCUGCAUGGCCAUCUGCAGCAGUGAUGGAGAAGUCAUAGGUGUUGUGCAAGCAAUCAACAAAAAUCCAAUGGGCAUGCCUUUCACGGAGGAUGACGAGAAGGUGCUGGAGAUGUAUCUCCCAUUCUGUGGAAUAUCGAUUUCCAAUGCCCAGUUGUUCUCGGAGUCACGCAAAGAGUAUGAAAGGAGCAGGGCUCUAUUGGAGGUGGUCAAUGACCUGUUUGAGGAGCAGACUGACUUGGAGAAGAUCGUCAGGAAGAUCAUGCAGCGAGCGCUGACUCUCCUGCAGUGUGAACGCUGCUCUGUGCUUCUUCUUGAAGACAUCGACUCACACGUUGUGAAGUUUUCCAAGACAUUUGAGCUCAUGUCUCCUUUGUGCAACACAGAUCGUGACAUCAGUAUGGAGAAGCUUUCAUGCUCUGAUUGGCUGAUCAAUAACAGCAUUGCUGAGCUGGUGGCUUCCACAGGACUGCCUGUUAACAUCAGCGACGUGUGUCAGGACCCACGCUUUGAUGCAGAGGCAGAUCAAGCAUCUGGGAUUCACAUCAGGUCAAUCUUAUGUGUUCCUAUCUGGAAUCGGUCUCAUCAAAUCAUUGGUGUUGCACAAAUUCUGAACCGCCUGGACAGGAAGACGUUUAAUGAUGCAGAUCAGAGACUGUUUGAGGCAUUUGUGAUAUUCUGUGGACUUGGAAUCAACAACACUAUGAUGUACAAUCAAGUGAAGAAGGCCUGGGCCAAGCAGUCUGUAGCUCUGGAUAUGUUGUCCUACCACGCUACUUGCUCUAAGGUGGAAGUUGACAGACUCAAGGCUGCUAAGAUCCUGCUGGGCAGUGAACUGGGCAUUGAUAAGUUUCACUUCAAUGACUUUUCUUUGGACAAUGAUGCCAUGAUCACAGCAUCGCUCCGGAUGUUUCUGGAACUUGGUAUCGUCCAGAAGUUUAAAAUUGACUACGAGGUUUUGUGCCGUUGGCUCCUGACUGUGAGGAAGAACUAUCGAACUGUGGCGUAUCAUAACUGGAGGCAUGCCUUCAAUGUGUCCCAGUGCAUGUUCGUUAUGAUCACAACAGCUGGUUUCCAGGACGUCCUCUCAGAUGCAGAGACGUUGGCCCUGAUGGUCGGCUGUUUGUGUCAUGACCUGGACCACCGAGGGACCAAUAAUGCAUUUCAAGCCAAGACGGGCUCAGCUCUGGCUUUGCUCUACGGCACAUCAGCCACACUGGAGCAUCAUCACUUCAACCAUGCAGUCAUGAUCCUGCAGAGUGAGGGUCACAAUAUCUUUGCCAACCUCUGCUCUAAAGAGUACAGCAACAUGAUGCUACUGUUGAAGCAGGCCAUUCUCUCCACGGACUUAACCUUGCACUUUGAACGCAGGACCAAGUUCUGCGAGUGUGUUCAAUCUGGAGAAUUCAACUGGACAGAUGAGGCACACAGAGAAGUUCUCAGGUCUAUGCUGAUGACUGCGUGCGAUCUGGGUGCAGUCACUCGUCCAUGGAAGGUAUCCAAGCAGGUUGCAGAGCUGGUGACAAGUGAGUUUUUUGAACAAGGCGACAGGGAGAGAUCUGAACUCAAGCUGACACCAGCAGCCAUAUUUGACCGCAAUCGUAAAGGCGAGUUACCUGUCUUACAACUGGAGUGGAUUGAUGGUAUCUGUAAGCCUCUCUAUCAGGCACUGCUGAAGCUAAACAGAAAGUUACAGCCGAUGAUCGAUGAAAUCGAUGCCAAUCGGAAGAAAUGGGAGGAGAUUUGUUCAUCUUAUCCGCAAUCACGCAGAACCUCUACGUCCACUCUGAGUGAUGCCUCAAAUGAAAAUCUUCAAGCCCAUGAGGAUGCAGAAACCAAUCUACACCUGCAAUCCACAGAGACGGUGAAGUCUGGUGAAAACGCCAAGCUUGGGCUAAAGUCUUUGUUUAUUCAUGAUCUGGGGUGCAACAUGACAUCUGGAGCAGAAGAUUAAAGCAAGAAUUACAGCUAAACAUGAAUUUAAUGAGUUGCACAAACUUCUACUAUAUGCUGUUAUUCUUGAAAACCUAAAUCUGGGUACAUGAAUUGCAUUUUUGUCAUGCUGAGCAUGGUCCUUUAUCUAAGUGUCACUGUGGUAAACUAAAGGAGUGAGAUUCAUUCCUACUGUUCAAUCAAUUAUCUAUCUAUCAAUCAUCAGAAGUGAUAGCUAAAACUGUC